CUGACCUCUUUCCCGCGAUGACAGUUUCCUGCAGGCUUGCUGAGGCGGACUGCUCGCCCUCACAGUAGGAUGUGCUGACGGGGAGCAGGGUUAUUAAGAGUUGAGCUUGUCGGCAUGCAGUGGACGAAGCUGUCAAAGUGAUUAUUAAUUCAUUUUUCAAGGAGCAGCGAAUGUCGCAGGUGGAUACCGGUGAGUGUGACUCUUCCUUGGCGAGGGCAAAUGAGUAACAAGAUGGACGGUUCAGCGGGACAGGGUGCCAAAGCCAAUGGCCCCAUUGCAGCACCUAACACCCCCACAAGUACAGUGGGUCCACCUCUGUCCCCAGAAGAGCUGGCCGAAGAGCAGCAAUCAUCCCUGACAGAUGUCACUCACAUGUGGAUUAACUUUGCCAAGACUUUUGCCCUCAUAUUUCCCAUCUACGUCUUGGGAUAUUUUGAAUUCAGCUUUAGCUGGGUUCUGAUUGGACUUGCAAUGCUUUUCUACUGGAGGAAGAACUAUGGCAACAAGGACUACAGGGUAAACCGUGCCUUAGCGUUCCUGCAGCAGGAGGAGAAAGUGGUGAAGCAAAGUGUGCCAACCACAGAGCUGCCACCAUGGGUCCAUUAUCCAGAUGUGGAAAGAGUGGAAUGGCUGAAUAAGACGGUGAAGCAGAUGUGGCCGUUUAUCUGCCAGUUUGUGGAGAAGCUGUUCAGAGAGACCAUCGAGCCGGCGGUGAAGGGCGCCAACCCUCAUCUCAGCACCUUCUGCUUCACCAAGAUUGACAUGGGCGACAAGCCGCUGAGAGUGAAUGGAGUGAAAGUUUACACAGAAAAUGUGGACAAGAGGCAGGUUAUCAUGGACCUGCAGAUCAGUUUUGUCGGGAAUACAGAAAUUGACGUGGACAUCAAAAAGUACUACUGCAGGGCUGGAAUCAAAAGUAUACAGCUUCAUGGAGUGAUGAGAGUGGUGAUGGAGCCGCUGCUGGGGGACAUCCCUCUGAUCGGAGCCCUUUCUGUCUUUUUCCUCAAGAAACCUUUGCUGGACAUCAAUUGGACUGGGCUCACAAAUAUGUUGGACAUUCCUGGUGUCAAUGGGUUAUGUGACAAUCUACUGCAGGACAUCAUCUACAGCUACCUGGUGCUGCCAAACCGCAUCGACAUCCCGCUAGUGUCAGAGGCCCAGAUGGCUAGACUGCGCUUUCCCAUUCCCAAGUGCGUCCUGAGAAUCCACUUCAUCGAGGCUCAGGAACUGCUGCGUAAGGACAAGUUCCUGGGAGGGCUGGUCAAAGGGAAGUCGGAUCCGUAUGGAGUCAUCAAGAUUGGGACGGAUCUCUUUCAGAGCAAAGUCAUCCACGACACCGUAAACCCAAAGUGGAACGAAGUUUAUGAGGCCUUGGUGUAUGACCACUCAGGGAGCAGUAUGGAGAUUGAACUGUUCGAUGAAGACCCUGAUCAGGACGACUUUCUGGGAAGUCUUGUAAUCGACAUGGCCGAGCUCCAGAAGGAACAGAAGGUCGAUGAGUGGUUUCCAUUGGAAGAAGUGGCUACAGGGAAGUUACACCUCAAACUGGAGUGGCUGUCUCUGUUGUCCACCCCUGAAAGGCUGGACCAGGUGCUGUCGAACGUCAGAGCAGAUCGCAGUCAAGCCAGUGACGGCCUCUCGUCUGCGGUGCUCAUUGUCUUCCUGGAUUCGGCCAGAAACCUUCCGCGCAAUCCGUUAGAGUUCAACCAAGCGGGGCUGAGGAAGGGCUCGGUCAGUAAGGCCAUCAAGUCUGGUAAGAAGGUGACCAGUGAUCCCAGCCCGUUUGUCCAGUUCAGAGUGGGACACAAGUCCUACGAGAGUAAGACCAAAUAUAAGACUCAUGAACCGUUGUGGGAGGAAACCUUCACCUUCCUCAUCCACAAUCCCAAAGUCCAAGAGUUGGAGGUUGAGGUGAAGGAUGAGAAGCACGAUUGUUCAUUGGGGACAUUAACACUGCCCCUGACUCGCCUGCUGGAGGCAGAGGAGAUGACGUUGAACCAGAGGUUCCCUCUGAGGAACUCUGGACCGAGCUGUACCCUCAAGAUCAAGAUGGCUCUGCGGGUGUUGAGCAUGGAUAAGGGCACUUCAACAGCUUCAAAUUCCACCCCGUCCUCGGUGCAGGUCCGCAAAUCCGAGUCCUCCAACUCGACCCCACGGCCCUCUAUCUCCUCAGAAUCGCCCAAGCCUCCCACCUCUACCUCAGACAUUCCCAGAUCAUCCUCCGUGUCAGCCCAGGAGGUGCUGAGCAGGCAGAAAGAAGCUAAGGAGACUGUGAGGACCCAGCGAAGCAUGGACUUUGGGCAGGAUGGCAGUGCAGGUGGAGGAGGGAAGAGCUUGGCGGAGACUGGGAGAAGCACCUCAAACCUGGCCAUCUCAGGCUCCCAGCAGCACCUGGCCAGUGGCAAGGAGCCAACUCCCAGCAUUGCUUCAGACAUCUCCAACCCUUACGCUGCUCAGGAGCUGCAGCAAAGACUCGAGCACUUUCACAAUGGUUCAGGCCCCAGUCAUUUCCCACUGGGGGAGAUCCAGCUGACGAUCAGACACAGCUCCCAGAGAAACAAACUCAUCGUAGCUGUUCACAGCUGCAGAAACCUCAUAGCGUUCACUGAUCAUGGCUCGGAUCCUUACGUCCGGCUCUACCUGCUUCCUGACAAACGGAGGUCGGGUCGGAGGAAAACUCCCACAGUCAAGAAAAACCUCAACCCGGUCUACGAUAUGACGUUUGAGUUCAGCGUUUCCCUCGUGGAGCUCCACAGGCGGACUCUAGAUGUUGCCGUGAAGAACGGUGGAGGUCUGCUCUCCAAACACAAAGGCCUGCUUGGAAAGGUUCUGGUGGACUUGACUCAUGAUCACAUCACCAAGGGUUGGACACAAUGGUAUGAGCUGAGCUCAGAUGGCCUGGCCAAGUCCAACCAACUUUAAGUCGCCAUCAUUAGUAUCGUCAUCAUAUCACCACACUUCCACUUUAUAUUCACUUCACUUCCAUCUCUACAGUACAAUGUGUUUUCUUUUAAUCAUUCUCAUUAUUUCUAACUGUAAGAAACAAACUGAUUAAGAAAAGCAGCUUUUGACACUCAUUUAAUCACAUCAGUCGCAAGGCAAACCUUCCCUUUAAGAAGUGAGUGAUUGGCUAAAGGGAGUAUAUACAUGUAGAGAACUAUACUACGUUGUGUAGUGCUAUGGAAACCUAUAUUCUAUAUUUAGAGAAGUGACUGUUUGUUGUUGUCUUUCCACAAAGAAUGACAGUGUACAAGUGUGUAAAUAAUGUACAGUGAUGCUGGACAAAUCAGAGUACGGGGGUGUAUUGUAGAAGUGAGAAGGAGUCGUGGUGUCUUACUUGGCCAAAUGAUUGUUUAUAAUUUUAUUUUAUUUGAUUUAAUUUUUAUUUUUUAAAUGCAAAAACAUUCUGGACAGAGUCGCACCAAAGAGACAAGUAUUUUUAUUAUUUAGCGCAGGUGGGGUUUUGAGUAACACAGUAAUACACUGGCUUUAUUUCACCGUAAUAACGAAUGUGUGUGUGUGUGUGUGUGUGUGUGUGUGUGUGUGUGUGUGCAAAACCCAAGCAAAAAUAACGAUGUGCACACACAACUGUUGUUUCAUUUGCUGACACGUUUCUGGGUUUACAUUGAAAUAAGGCCAUUAUUAAGUGUUACUUGUUUGUUUUUUAAAAACUGAAUAUGAAUAUUUGCACGUUUUUUUUGUUUUUGUUUUGUUUUUUAAUCUGUUGAUGAUCAUAUUUACUCGGUGCAAACAUUGCCAAAAUUCAUCUAAAGUACAUUUUUUAAACAAUAAAAAGUGAUAAAAAAUAGUGUUGAAAGUUCAUGGAAUAGUUUAACAUUUUGAUGAAAACGUUUCACUCGCAGGUCUCUGCAAGAAGAUGUGUAGCUUAGCUUAGCUUAGCUUAGCUCAGUUUAACAAUAAAGUUUGUGUCUUUUUUGGAUUUCUUCCCUCUCUGUUUGUGUUACAUUUAUUCACCACAACUACAGGUUUGCCCGUUAAACCUGGACAAAAAUACUGAACAAAACCAAGUAACUAUUUGUAAAAAGUGAAGAGUGAGACCUAUUUCACUCUCACUAUUGGCCAUGGGUGUUGAGUCAGUGCACAGAUGCCAAACGUCUCAAUGCAUACCCGAGACAUCGGUGUUCCGGCAUUAUUCGACACCUUGGGAAUGGAAAUGGUCCAGAUGACCUCAAAAUUAUCUUUUAUUGUACCAUAAGGUGCUGUGUUAUAUACGUUAUCUUUCCUUACAGAGAAUUUAGUGUUUUGAAAUCGGUAACCUUAUUAAUAAACUAAGUAACAGCUGGCUAAAAUAAUUAUUUACGCUAAAGUUGUGUGAUAGGACUAAAGGCCACAUAGAGGAACCUUUUUUUAUUAGUGGUAGCUGAACAUCGGUAAACCUAAUUAACAAGCCGUGUUUAAAAAGUUUAAGAUGUUUUGGUUGCAGAGGGAGGCUCAUCAGAAGGCUAAGCUAACUCAUCUCGACAGCUGCUGGUUUUAAGUUUUACGGGUUUUUGUUUUUCUCAAAAUGUGUUACUAUUCCAUCAUAAAACUGUAUUUUAACAGAAGUGUUUUAAGGAUCACCCACUCAUCCUCCAUGUACGUAAAGCCGCUAUGUGUAGAAGUGUAAAUUGUCCACGGACACUCUCCAUUGGUCGUAUGGAAAAAGACAUAAUGACAAUCAAUUUUGGUUUUUAAACUUUUAUUUAUAUUUUAUGGUAGAGGCUUAACAUUAUAGAGACGAUAAAUGUUUUGGCUUGUGUUGGUUUAUGUCACCCGAUUUCAGAGGGAUUACAAAUUGGAAGGCAUCUACACAUAGUGGCUUUAAAAAUAUUUGGCACCAUGAUUUUCUUCAGUGAAACAAAUGUUUCUAUGUAUUUGUAACACUCAGAGCAGGUUUUGUUGUUGUUGCGGUAGCAUUCAUAUUUCCACUAGCAUCAGCUGUUCAGUUUGUUUAUGAAUCCACUUAAGUCUUAACUCUGAAUGCCAUCUGAAGGAAGGUGCAGAGACAUGAGUUGAAAAUGAUCUUCCGCGUUUUGUUUUCUAUAUCUUUUUAAAUACAGUUUUGACUUUACAGCACACAAUCUGAAGGGAUUUGUAUCAGAAAAAAAUACAAAACAACCAUAGCUUUUGUGUAUGUGACCCGACGCAGCCAAAGAACAGCAGAUUUUCUGUUGAUAAAAGUUGGGUAGUUUGACCUUGGAUUCUCACAAUGUAACUUCUGGAUAUUUGCCUUGUGCUCACAUCAAGCAUUGACAAAGUAUUUUACAUUUAUGUAUGUUAACUGCAUUUUAAUGUCUUGAUGUUUUUUAUUUGUGUUUCCCGUCUUUUCUGUAAAGCAUCAGAUUUGAAACCUGUGCCUCUGGGGUCGGGUUUGUCUUCUCCCAUAUGGAAGUAACAUAACAAAACUAAAUGCUGGUUUUACAUGUAUUGUGUGUCUGGUGAAAGUGGCCCCUUACUUUUUUCUUUUUCUUUUUUUGUGUGUCAUGCAACAUAAUUAUAAAUAUUCUGUAUGCAAGGGGGAAAAUUCACAAGUAAACUAUAGUAUAUGACAUGUGAGUAUUUUGGGACUUGUGUUACAUUUGCUCUUAGAGAGAAUGGGACUUUUCUUUUUCUCUUCUAUUCCAUAUGGGCUGAAAAGCGGUUUCACUUCUGUGUCUUCUUAAUUUAUCUUGUGCCUUAAAAUGUACAUGACCAAGAGAUAUUUACAUGUUUGGAAAGAAGCAACAAAAUGCUAAAACAGCUUCCUUGUUCCUGAAUGUCUCCUAAAUGUCUUUUAAAAUUAAUAAAGAGCUUUGGCUGGCUUAUAGCAGCAUGAAGCUGUACAGGAC